GCCCUCUGCUUUGCAGUAGUCAACAUUUAAACAUGGCAGCCACCAUCGAGUAGUGGGCCGGUGGUGAUUUUGCGUUUGAAAAAGAAAACUUACACCGUGUAAAUACGGUUUUCAUCAGUGUUUUUGCAUCGUUUAACUGAUUUUAACACACUCGAAUUUGUGAACUUCACGUUUGUCUGAUUCGAAGUAAUUCUGAAGGCCAUUAAGCGUUAUGAAUGCGAAGAAGAAAAUUGAAGUGAAUUCGUCCUCGCUUGUCGGGCUAAAGGCGGAGUUAUUCCGCAAGCAGGAGGCACUCCGAAAGGAGAAGCUACAACAGGGCUCAACUACAAUCAAGUCCAAACCUGUCCCCAAGAAACCAAGCAUCUGGUCCAAGAAGAAUGCCGGUGUUCAAUCACGAGCAGAGAAGGAUAAAAGUCUUACAGUUGAGGAAGAAAACCAGUUGGACAAGUCCAGGGCAGCCCUUGAGGCCAAGACUAGGCUGUAUGAGCAGAUGUCUCAAAGAUCUGUACUGUCUGCAGAUGAUGAGGUAUCAGACCGCUUCUUGGUCGAUUUUGAAAAGAAGGCCAUCGAUGAGCUCCAUGAGGAAAAGAUAUAUCAGCAAGAGAAGAGUGAGGAGACAGAGUAUGAGAUGGGAGCUACAGAUGUUCCUGGCCCAGUCGACCCAGAGGAUGAAUGGGUAGACUAUGUUGAUACUCUCGGACGAUCGAGACGAUGUAUGAAGAAAGACCUUCCAGAGCUGAUCAACAUGGACAAACGCCUCAACCCACAGGCUUUCAAAGACGCUGAAGAGAAGACUACAUCUGAGGAACCACUACCUGAUCUCCUGUCCAGUGACAUGUACCGAGAGAUGAUGCGCAAGAAGUGGGAGGAGGAAGAGGAAGAAAUGAGGAGGCGGGGACCAGGCUCAGUACACUACCAGAACGUCAGGUUUGACGAGGUCCGAGAGAUGGGCGUGGGUUACUUUGACUUCUCCAAGGAUGAGAGCGAGAGGCAGAAGCAGAUGGAGAUGCUGAAGCACCUGAGAGACGAGACUCUGGACCAGAGGAGCAAGAGUGAACAGCUGAAAGCCAAACGCAAGGCUGCUCUGAAGGCACGGCUGGAGAAAGUCAAGCAGCGGAAACGUCUCAAGGGGGAGCUGGUGGAAGAUGAGGAGGAACAGAAAGAUGAAGAACGGGAAGAAAGGGAAGAGGGAGAAGAGGUGCAACAAGAGGAGGAUGUACGGCAAAUAGCAGAGAGAUUGAAGGCUGCCCCCAUCAGGCCCUGGGAUAUAGGAAAAGAAGAAUCUCAGUGGGAACGAGUCAAGAGGCAGGUUAGAGCAGAGCGCCCUCAAGAGUUCGCACCUCCAAGUUGUUACUACGAUGGAACAGCACCAGCGGCCAAGGCUAACCCCAACACCUUGAGAAACAACCCACAGUCCAAAAGACUGCAGGAGUUUGCUCCUCCCACAGAUUAUGGUAAGAGAAUGUAUAAAGAUGGCGGUGUUCAUUCUUGGGAUUGGAACUGUCUUGGUGGUGAAGCUACAACCAGUGGGAGAAUGCCAAGAAAGGAUGCAACCAACAAAAGUGAACAUGGGACAGUUGACGGCAAAAGCAUAGCACAAGCAUUGUCAUUCUUCAGACAGAAUAUGAAAUGAGCAUGUUAAUUUUUUUUAGAGAAAUAAAAUCACACAAUUUGUCAUGAGGUUUCUGUUGAUCCUGUAAAUGGGGUAAGCAUUCAAGUUUUUAAGAACAG